CACUACGACGUAAUCAUGGCGGACCCACUUAGUUUACUUCGCCAAUAUAAUGUAAAUAAAAAGGAAAUAAUUGAACGUGAUAACCAGAUUAUAUUUGGUGAAUUUUCAUGGCCUAAAAAUGUCAAAACCAACUAUCUUAUGUGGGGGUCUGGGAAGGAGGGCAGUGUCAAGGAAUAUUACACGUUGGAAUGUCUCCUGUUUAUCCUUAAAAAUAUCCACCUGACCCAUCCAGUAUAUGUCCGUCAAGCAGCUGCUGCAAACAUACCUCCUGUUCGCCGUCCAGACAGAAAAGAGUUGUUAGCAUAUUUAAAUGGUGAAACUGCUACCUGUGCAUCUAUAGACAAAAGUGCUCCAUUGGAAAUACCGACACAGGUAAAACGCACACAUGACAAUGAAGGUGGAGAAUCGGCAGCGAAGAAACCUCGCAUUGAAGAUAAUUUGCAAGUGCAAAAAGUGCGAGAACAACUCGCUGCUCGUCUUGAUGCACCUAAAGAGGCUUCAGUCACAGUUGACAACAUCAAAUCUCUAUCAGAGGCUAUGUCAGUGGAGAAAAUCGCCGCCAUUAAAGCCAAACGUCUAGCAAAGAAAAGAACUACUAUUAAAAGUAAUGACUACUCAGAUACAUUAGGAGUUGUAGGAUCAGACUUAAGGGCUAUUCUCGACUACGAUGUUGAUCUGACUAAAGAUAUCAUUAGCCGUGAAAGACAGUGGAGGACAAGGACUACAGUAUUACAGAGUAAUGGAAAGUCGUUCGCCAAAAGCAUAUCGGCGUUAUUGGGCAGUAUAAGAGCCCGUGAGGAAGGACGACCUGGAGUACCGCGUCCUCAACCCAUUAUAAUGCCACAACCUACUGUUAUACCUGCACAGCAAGCACAAUAUAACAGAUACGAUCAGGAACGAUUCAUUAGACAAAAAGAAGAGACUGAAGGCUUCAAAAUCGACACUAUGGGCACCUACCACGGUAUGACGCUAAAGUCGGUGACAGAAGGGCCUAGUGUGCCAGUGGCGGCACGUGCGCCCCAGACACCGAAUCACCCGAGACAGAUGCCACAAAACGGGCCGGUAUCAGCGGGCGGUACGCCAGGCCGGCGCGAACUUCUUCCCGUAGCUGCGGCCCGACCCCCGGCUGGAGGCGGUGGCGGCAAGCGACCUUCCCGCACUCCCAUCAUUAUCAUACCUGCAGCUGCCACAUCGCUCAUCACUAUGUAUAACGUUAAGGAUAUGCUGCAAGAUCUUAAAUUUGUACCUGUAGAACAGAAGAAAGCCGAAGGCGCUGCGCGUGAAAACGAAGUAUUAUUACAGAGAAGAAAAGGACCAGCCGGAGAACACGUACCAAAUAAUCAAGCCACAAUUACAGUGCCGUACCGAGUGGUAGACAACCCUGGGAGACUGUCAGCGGCGGAAUGGGACCGCGUUGUUGCCGUGUUCGUACAGGGACCCGCGUGGCAGUUUAAAGGCUGGCCUUGGGAAGGCAAUCCUGUACAAAUCUUUGCUCAUAUCUGCGCUUUCCAUCUCAAGUACGACGAAAUGAAGCUAGACGCAAACGUCGCUCGUUGGGCCGUGACGGUGCUCAAUCUCAGCCGCACCAAGCGGCAUCUCGACCGCGCCGCUCUACUCGGUUUCUGGGAAACACUUGACAGGCACAUGAUGAAAAACAAACCGCACCUUAGAUUCUAAGUUCGUUGUACGUAGCUGUAUAAAAGUUUAUCCUAUAGUUUAUUAUGACGUGUGAAUGGCGUCGAUUCUAAUGCGCAGUCAUCUUAAUCUAAACUAAUUCAAAUUUUAAUUCUAGUGCCGACGCUAUUGGCUGGAAUAUUUUAUGACAAAUGCUCAAGGAAAUAUCUUAAAUUUACUGCUGUGGUGUUAUACACUAAUGCAGUUUAUCUUCAACCACGUAUGGGAAAAUGAAACACAACUUAUAACGUUUUUAUAACAAUUACAUGGCUUUAAAGUGCAAUAAGAUAUUUUCAUUCAAUAUGGAGACAUUAGUCAAAUUAUUUCAGUUUUAGGUUAAGAAAUAUGCGUCUCAGAAUCGAACCCAAUAUCUGAUUUAUCAAUUAAAAGCAAAGUUAUCUAAGUCAACUCGCGCCAUUUCAAUAUUUUGGCCAAUUAUUUUUUUCCGAUUAAAUGAAACCUUCCAUAAAAUAUCUGAUAACAGACUACAUAUGUAAAGGACUGUUGCUAUUAUAGUAUGUAUUUGUAGGUACAAGUUUUAUGUAUAUUUUGCUACUUUUAUCUUCUAUCCAAUAUUAUAUUGUUGCACACAUUUUUAAACCUAAAUUCAGGUCAACCGUCUUAACGCGUGAAACGAAAGAAAAAGCUGUGGUAUUAUUAAUAUUAUAUUAUUCCAGCUCAGUGUUGCCUUUUCUACAGAUAAUUUAUACAGGGUUUUUUGUAAAAUAUUAACAACUUCUCAGGACUAUAUUACUAACAUCAUAAACAACAAUUUUUGUUCCUUGACUUUUAAUUAGAUUAGAUUUAACUUUCGUACAAA